ACAGGAGAUAAGGAUACACGUUUCAGACAUCAAUAGAUAAGCUUGGCUCUUAAUCAGUGUUCUUCUUGACGUUUAGUGCCUUCAAAGUAUAGCCAAAAUAAAAUUUUGAGAAACACAAAUAUGUUUGGAUAUUUUUUUGUUUUAGCAACAAUUUGCGCAGUUGCCAAUGGACAGUUUUUAAACUGUAACUGGGUCAACAAACUGAAUUGUGCGACAUAUACACCAGGUGAAAUAUGUGGUACUGAUGGUAAGACAUACAACAACAGGUGCUACUUGGCUAAAGCCCAAUGCGCCGACAAAAAUCUCCGGACAAAGGAGGAUGGACCUUGUAAAGGUAGUACAGCCACCGCCGCAACGCCUGGUCCUAUUGUGACAUCAACAGCUGCUCCGAUGGUAACAAAUAGCGUCACGAAUGGCGUCACAUCAAUGGCAGGUUCAACAACAACCCGGGAAUCAAUUUUCAACAAUCAUAACGAACUUCUAGAUUUCUUCUGCUUGGAACUGAUGCAUGAGACAUGCCCAAAUGAUACAGAAAAAGUUUGUGGAACUGACGGAGUUACCUACGCCAACUUCUGUGAAUACGAAAAACAAAGAUGUGGACACCGUACCCUUCAAGUUAAAAACUUUGGCGAUUGUUAACUUAGUUUAAAGUAAUAAAGUUAUAAAAGACAAUGA